AUGGCGCCAGCACAGUUCACAGUAAAGGUCGGCACGCGGCGGUCGGCGCUGGCCCUCAAGCAGGUGGAACUCGUGACGGCGGAGCUCAAGCAGGCGCACCCGCACGUCGACUUCACGGUGCACCCCAUCUCUGUGCAGGGCGACCGCGACAAGACGACGCCGCUGCCCGACCUGGGCAAGGGCCUGUGGACGUCGGAGCUCGAGGCCCAGCUCGAGUCGGGCGGCGUCGACAUGGUGGUGCACUGCCUCAAGGACAUGCCGACCACGCUGCCCGCCGGCUGCGCCCUAGGCUGCAUCACCCGCCGCGAAGACCCGCGCGACGUCGUCAUCUUCCGCCGCCCCGACGCCCACGCCCGCCUCGCCGACCUGCCCGCCGGCGCUGUCGUCGGCACCAGCAGCGUGCGCCGCGCCGCCCAGCUGCGCCGCGCCUACCCCCGCCUCGCCUUCCGCGACGUGCGCGGCAACAUCGACACGCGCAUACGCAAGCUCGACGACCCCGACGGCCCCUUCGACUGCAUCAUCCUGGCCGCCGCCGGCCUGCUGCGCAUGGACUUUGGCACCCGCAUCGCCCAGUUCCUCGACUCGGCCACCGACGACGGCGGCAUGCUGCACGCCGUCGGCCAGGGCGCCCUCGGCCUCGAGGUCCGCGACGGCGACGAGCGCACCCUCGCCCUGCUCAAGAGCAUCGAGCACACCCCCACCAUGAUGGCCUGCUACGCCGAGCGCAGCCUGAUGCGCACCCUCGAGGGCGGGUGCAGCGUGCCCAUUGGCGUCGAGACGGCGUGGGUGGGCGGAGAAGACGAGGCCGAAGAGGAGGACCAGUCCCCAAAGAAGACGCUGUUGAGGAUCCGCGCCGUCGUCGUCAGCGUCGACGGCAAGGACGCCGUCGAGGGCGAGCGCACCGAGGAGGUGGCGAGCCUCGCGCAGGCUGACAGCCUGGGCAAGAAGAUUGCCCAGGACCUGGUCGAGAAGGGCGCCCAGAAGAUCCUCGACGUCAUCAACCUGGUCCGCGACCCGUCGUCGCUCGCUGCGGUCAAGGUCGGCGACGUCUGA